GUGCAUCUGAAGAAACACGUUUUAAACGUUAAAGUGCAACAAGACUCGGUUGCUUUUUGUGACUGUAUCACCGAAUUGCUUUAUUCUAAAAGUUUAUGUAGGAGCCAUAAUAACUUUCAGUUGAUGUUAAUGUGGGCCAAGGUUUGCACAUUCGUGACAGUUGAGAUUCACAACAGUUAAUCAAUGCAACUACGUCUCGGCUCUGGGAUAGGGCUUGGAAGUGCUUGCAGACGGGGCUUAAAAUGUCCAAUGCCAGUGUUGGGUAAAAUAAUCUUUUGAUCAGCGGGAGUCUGCGUGCCGCUCUGGAGCAUUUAGACAGUCCACGCAUGCGUUUUCAGCGAGUACAAGCGAUUUUGCGCUGGGUCGUGGGGAGAGCUGGCGUACAUUCGAGGAGGAGGCGGCGUAAGUUCCCAAAGUGCCCGAGAAGAGGCAGCGCCCCUCGCGUCGGGAAUUCCAACCCCGUGGAAAGACCCCGUCCCAGCCACCGCGUGAUUUGCAUAGAGCAGCUUCUUUGCCUUCCGAUUGGUCAGCUUAGGCAGCCAACUCCCCGCGGAGGCCCCGCCUGCUCCCGUUUCUUUGGCUGCUGAGGUAGCUACUUGGACCGGCGCGACUGUUGGAAGAUCGGCGGGCAGGCAAGAGAGUGCGAAGGCUGCUCACGGAGGACGGGGCAGGGGAACAGGGAGUAGGCGGAGAUGUUUUCACUCUGGCUCUUGAGAAGUUAACGAGAGUGCGUGAGGAAAGAGAAGGGCGGGAAGGCAACGACCGAGCCGAGUUGGCAGGCUUGUUGUAAACUGCUUACAACAGCUAUGACACCUGCUCUUCAAGAGAAAGCAAUGAAAGGUCACAGUAUCUACUUAGCACCUUCCUUGUCUUCACAAGCUAUGGAGUCCUGUGAAACACUAGACAUGGGAAAUACCAGGCCAGUAAAAGAGAAGAUAAUGAAUGAUUCUUUAACAAACAUUACUUGCUCUGUGCUAAGGUUUCCCACCCCUCAGGCCAACCAUAGCACUGACUGUUUAAAUUUAAAAUACUUGGAGUCCCCGUCCUCAAAACAUUAUCCUUUAUUAAUGAGCUCCAGUCCAACUUUCAGCAUAAACAAGAAUUGUAUGCAGAGGAACUCUGAAGAGCAUAAUUGCUCCAAGAUGAGGAAUCCAUUAUGUAAUAACACAAAUUCACAUUUCAGACAGAUUAUUAAUCCAAACUCUGGGGAGCAGGUCAGAAGGGAAAUUUUAUUGGGGACAACCAAAAACUUACAAGAAAUGGAGAGACAACGUGAUUCAUUUUUAAGUGAAACCAGUAAUGCAGAAGAAAGGCAGUUUUCUAACUGUAAAUGGUAUCGGAAUAAUGGCUUAUUUAGCAAGACCAUAUUUGUAAAUCCUGAGACAAAAAAAGAAUUAUUUGAACAGGAACACCAUAAUACUCCAGAAGCAAUAAUGAACUGCAGCCCAAGCUGUAAACAACAAGAAUUGAAUUUUCGUUUACUUCAGUGCGUUAAUAGGCAACAGGUUUUGCUUAGCCGGGCCAUAAAAUCUCAGAAACAUUUGCAGAUUCUUUUGGCAAAGCAUGUUGUCAAACACUGUGAUCAACAAAUGAAAUGUUUUGUGAGGCAUCAGCUACAAAGAAUAAAAGUUUUGGAUAGCAGCCAUCAAAGAUGUGCAACAAUUAAAAUUGACAACAACAAUGUAGAGGCAAAUACAAGUAAAGAAGUGUCCCCCAGUUUUGGUCUUGCAACUGGUGAAAUCAAGAAAUUUGCUCAUUCAACAGCAAGGCUUUUAUCUCAGGUGGAAGAGAGCUUGGAUUCUGAGGCUACUUGUAGCAGCUCAAGUGAUGAUGAUGGUGAUGAACAGAUUUCCAGAAGACUUGGGGCAGUUAACUAUAGAUCUGACUGGAAAUGGCUAGUAGACAGAGCUAAAAUUGGCUGUCGCUGGACAUGGCUUCAAGCCCAGAUUUCAGAGCUAGAAUACAAAAUCCAGCAACUCACAGAUCUUCACAGACAGAUCCGUGCCACCAAGGGAAUGGUGAUCUUAGAAGAAUUUUCAAUUCCAAAGGAUGUUUUGAAGAAGCAAGCACAAUUGACAAACCAAGAAGGUUUAUUAAACACCACAGGGAAUUCUCAAGCUCCUUUUGAGAGGCAGGAUGCUUGGCCGGAGCAUGAUUUUGAAACAUCACCCAGCAGUCCAACUCUGCUUCUUCGUAACAUUGAAAAACAGAGUGCUCAGCUGAGUGAAAUAAUCAGCAGUCUGAUUGCUCCUCUUAACCUGUCUCCCACAUCCUCUCCUCUCUUUUCAAAGUCUUAUAAGCAGAAAGAGUUGGUAAAUGGAAUCUCUGGAAGAGAGUCGAGGAAUAAUGAAGAAAUGUCAUCUUCCAGUUGGGUGAUUGACCAACAGCACCUGAAGAAAAGAAGAAAAGACAAGAUGAAGCUGAAAACAUCAGCUGUUGCUAUGAUAAGUACAUCUGCUCGGACUAGACCACUUCACAGUUUCCAAAGGAGAAAACUGUACAAAAUGAGCUCUGCUUUCAGUUCAUACCAACAGGCUAUGCAACUGAAAGGUGCCUUGUUUAACACAGAAGAGAUGGUUCCAGCUUCCAUGUGGAGUGGUUGUGAGUUCAGGACACAAAGGCAACUCAUGUUAGAAUUGGACAGCUCAUUCCAUCCGGUCUUAUCAUUUUCAUCAGAUAUUCCUCUUCAUGUACAUUUUAAAAAAUUGCUGAAGAAGUAUGAGAUCAAGGAGGAUUCUUUUGAAACAUCUGCUCUUGGUUUAGAGUUUCAAAUGUCUCCAGCAAAUGAAUAUUGUCGGCAUAAAGCUCCUCCUCAUCAGUGGAAUUGUGGAUAUGAUUUCAGUUCCAAACAUCAGGGUAUGGCAGAAGUACCAAUAUCUGAGGGAAGAAGGAAAAGACAUUUAAGUGAAACAGUGGUUGGAGAACGUAACAAUAGAUGUGAAGCAUUUUCUUUUCCUCCCGAAGAACAGGAAUCCCAUAGUCAUUUUGCAGGAUCACCCAAUGGUGACAUGAUGUCUAGAUCAAGUCACAGUACCACAUCACAGCUAAAUUCAAGACGGCGGCUGAGAAGUGAGAGCUCCUAUGAUAUUGAUAAUAUUGUUAUCCCUAUGUCUCUGGUUGCUCCAUCUAAGUUGGAAAAACUACAGUAUAAAGAAAUUCUUACUCCAAGCUGGAGAACUGUUAGUCUUGAGCCUUUGGGAAGUGUACAUGGUGAUGAAGAAAAGGCAGAAGAUCUAUCUGAUGAUGUGUAUGCUGUACGUCAUGCAAAAUAUGAAGACAAAGAGAGAGCACGUUGGUCACUGUGGGAGCAAUGGCGAUGGCCCAGAAGGAACAGAUCAGGCAGCAGAAGUUCUGAGGGACAAGAUCAAACACUGAAAGAAAAACUAAUCAACUCUGGUUUAACACGCCCUCCUUUUUCUGAAAACAAUGCAGACAGUACUUCAGAAAUCUACAGUUCUGUCUACUUGGGGGCAUCACAGUCUUCAGUAAGGAACCAAGUAGCAAAGUCUAUUCUGUGGGAACAUCGGACUUUUCCACUAAAGGAUAAAGAAGCAGAAGCUUUAGUAUGUCAGCACACAAGAACAUCUCAACAAGAAGAUUCAGAUGUGACCAUUCACAGUGACUCGGACUGUACCUCAUACAGUGUUCACAGUUUUCCAAAGAAUAGUCAUUCACGAAAGAAAAGUUCUGAUGAGCUGGAAGAGUGCAACCAAGUUUACUUGGGAAAUAGCAGCAUGAGAAGACAAACGUGAUGGAAAAUAAUGUGGUUCAUUUAGAAAGCUUACCAGGAUGAAGGAAUGUGCAAGGUAAAAUAUUAUCAUGCUCAUACAAUCAAUGACAACAUGUCUCAUAUUUAUAUUUACAACACCUUUUGUCUGUUUGUUUAUUUUUCACAGGCAGGAUAAAAGCCCAAGAGAAUUUUCCUUUUAUCCCAACUGCAAGAAGAAUGCUUUCAAUCUGGAAGCCUAACACUUUUGAUGUCAAAAGGGGAUUUUCUUAAACUGCAACCAUCUUUGGUUGCCACAUCCUGAAAGACUGGGACUGGAAGGAGAAAUAAUUUUAAGCAUGUACAUGAUUGCAAUGCAGCAGGAUGCUUUAUUUCCACUCAGCAGUGCAAGUUUGAAUACAGGAAAAGCUAUCCAACAGGAUGUUGUGUGUCCCUUUAAGGAAAACAUUUGUAAAUUUGAUGAUGUGAAUAUAUAGUUAUUCAGUUCUCUCACUAGAGAGACAAAAUUAUACCGGAGGUAAAUCAAUUUAAACAAUUGAUUUGCUGUAUUUCACAGUGGAGGGAGACCCAUUCCAAUUUUGAGUGCAAGGAAUGGAAAAGAGUGCAAAAUCUGAAUAAUCCACUGGAAAAGCUAAUUACAAUUUUUAUGACAACUUACUUAAAACCCCUUCCUAGUCCUAAAAAAUUGUGUUACUUAUCUACAGAUUAUGAGUAUCCAUCCAUGCUUUGCAUACUUUAAAAUAUACCCCCAAAAGUUUGUUUUAAUGACAUUUCAAAUAAAGCAAUAGUAGUAUUUUAGAUACAUUAAUAAACCAAGUUAUUUCCAUAUUCAGAUUUUAAAAUGCUAUGUUUGAAAUGUUAUCUACAUCUUCCAUUGAUGCUAGGUGCACAAAGUAGUAUAGGUUUGUCAUUGAUACUAAUAGUGUAUUUUGCUGUGGACAUGUGUUCUGUGAAGAACAGUUGAAGGCUUUUAAGAAGGUAUCAUUGUUGAGCAAGCUUUUAUUCAGUGUCAUCUCCAAAACUAAGCUUGGUAGAUGGCCCAAUUUUUAUUAUCCCUUCCGUUCCAAACUGACUGGACGUACACUGGAUAUUGUAAAAAUGUUCAGUUACAUUUCAACACUACAGCCUAAGUUAGAUUGUAGUUCACUGCAAAUUUUGGUUUUAACUUUUUAAAAAAUGUUUUAUCCAGGGAAUUAAACUUGAGUCUUGCCUCUGAUACAGCAAUUUUCAAUACAAGGUUUUAAAAUUAAAGUUAUUUCUGUACUCUACAGUGUGAUGUUGAUGGAUUGAAAUGCUUACUGAAAAGCUGAACCAUGUAAAAUGACACCCCUUGAGAGUUCAAAGUUUGUAUAUUAAUACCACAAAUCAUGAUUAUGGUAUGUGUAAAUGCAAUGCCAAUCCCAUGAAGAGUAGGCCUAUUGAAAUGAAUAGGGUUUAUGUUAAUCAAGACAACCUUAAGUCCAAUUCAUUUCAAUGGCUCUAGCUCUAAGUUGGAAUUAGAAACACAGAAACAGAGCGAGUCAGAAGGGGACCUCCUGGGCCAUCUAGUCUGACCUCCGGCACCAGCCGGCUCAGCUCACGACAUGCCCACCAUGUGCACCUCCAGCCUAUCCUUGACUGGAUUGGCCCUGGUCCACCCAUAACACUGAUUGCACCAUACACAAAUUACAUUGUAUUUUAUCCAUUAUUGGCUUGGCACCGCAUGUUUACGUAAUCUAUAAUGGGUUGUGAAAUAGCCAGUUGUUCCCUCUAGUUUAUCAUCUGUCAUUCUUCCAGGGUCUUGAUACUUUUACUAGUGUGAGAAACUGUAAUUCCAUGAUUAAAGAAUGACAACUCUUCCUGUGUUGUCCUUCAGAAUGUUUAAGCAAUUUGGGUUUUGCAAGACAACAGAAAACGGGGCAGAGGGAAAUCUUUGAAAAUAAAUCAUGUUUGGCUUCA